AUGAGGACGAAGGCUGGACAGAAAGACACCUAUCCGCCUAUUUCAAUCAUAAUAAUAGACACGCAACUAGCUAUGGAAGAGUCUUCCCUGGUGGUACAACUAGAUAACUCUAGUACCAGGAAUAUUCUUCCAGUCAUAGUGAGACUCACUCCGUUUGUAAAAAUCGCAUUUCUUUACCCUCUCGCAUACAGCCAGAGAAGCAAUGAAAAGCACAACAUUCGCAUCACCUGGAAACAGUGUAAUACCAGCGACACAGUGGGGACCAAAGGAUAUGCGAGCAAAGAGCCCCUGGUCCCCUGUAGGCCAAAAACGAGUUUAAAGAUACUACACUUGAUCUAA